UCCGGUGUCGAUGAAAGAUGAGCUCAGCGCUCCUCGGGGGGCAGGUAACGUCAGCAGUCCGGAGCAGGAAAACACUGAACAUACACACCCACCAAGUGUUUACCGCCCUCUUAACCACCGCUACACACCGACAACACGCAUUAAUAAUGGGCAGCUUCAUCGGCUCCGUGUGACUCAGCUGCGCGUCUUUCUUCCCUCCAUCCAUCCAUGAGCUCCUCCUCGGCAGCAUCCCGCGCCCUCCGCCUGGCUUGAGAUGGGAUGAUAUGGGAUUUUUCAUGUCGACGAAGAUCGGAGGGAUCCUUGCCUUUGCCUUGGUGUUCCUGUCCCUGGUGGUGUCAGCAGAGUUAGAUGCAGAUGUGAAGUGUGAGAACAUUUAUAAGGACUUCUCUGACUGCGUCCUGGAGCUGGGAGAGAGCAUGGACAACUACCAGGAAAACGUGACCAGCGAGAGAGGAGUGUCGGCCGUGUGCAGGCACUGGGAAGCUUUCCACACGUGUGCCCUCACGGCGCUGUCCGACUGUCAGGUGGAAGUCAGCUCCAUCUGGGAGAAGCUGAGGCAGGACUCCAUGAAGAUGCGCUUCCAGGGAAGUCUGUUCGACCUGUGCAGCCCCAGCUCCUCGCCCGGCAUCAGUUCACCUCUCGCUGCCCUCGCCCUGCCACUGAUAGUCGUGCUAAUCAUGACUGGGCCUGACUGGUACCCUGUAUAGAUGGGGGGUGAGGAGAUGGGAGGGGUGACGAGGAGGGCCCUCAUGGGUCCAGUCCCCCUGAGUUCAAACUUAAAGCCAAGGAUUUAAGAGGGAUGAGUGUUUUAAUAAGGAUUAUUUUGACACAGAGCCACGGAGGUCUGUGGCAAGGCAAUCAAUAUUUGCUGUGAUGAGUAAUGUUUGAAAUCUCCUCAAAUACUUCAGCCUGAUCCUCCC